UUCCGGCGUAUGCGCGUGGGGUCCGUCCGACGCGGAAUGGCGGCUCUACGGAGUUGGCUGUCGCGGAGCGUAGCCUCCUUCUUCAGGUACAAACAGUGUGUGCCAGUCGUGGCUAACGGUGAGAAGCGCUGUUUCUCAGAAUUGAUAAGACCAUGGCACAAAGCUGUGGCUGCUGGAUUUGGGGUAACCCUGUGUGCUGUUCCUAUUGCACAGAAACCGGAGCCUCAUUCUCUUAGUAACGAUGCAUUAACGAGGAGGGCUGUGUCUUUGGUAACAGAUAGCACCUCUACCUUUCUCUCUCAGACCACAUAUGCAUUGAUUGAAGCAAUCACUGAAUAUACUAAGGCUGUUUAUAUCUUAAUUUCUCUGUACCGACAAUACACAAGUUUACUUGGGAAAAUGAAUUCACAGGAGGAAGAUGAAGUGUGGCAGGUGAUCAUAGGAGCCAGAGUGGAGAUGACUUCAAAACAGCAAGAGUACUUGAAGUUGGAAACCACCUGGAUGACUGCAGUUAGUCUUUCAGAGAUGGCAGCAGAAGCUGCGUACCAAACUGGAGCGGACCAGGCCUCUGUAACCGCCAGGAGUCAUAUCCAGCUGGUGAGAUCGCAGGUGCAGGAGGUGCGCCAGCUUUCCCAGAAUGCAGAAACCAAGUUGGCAGAAGCACAGACAGAAGAACUCCGACAGAAAACACAGGAGGAAGGGGAUGAGAGGGCUGAGCCGGAGCAGGAGGGCUACCUGCGUGAGGAUUGAGGGCCUGAGCUGCUGCCCACGUCUGCCCACUCGGCCUGGGGAAAGCAAGGGCAGACGCCAUCCAGCCCUGGGUCAGCACAGCUUUCUCUGCACAGAGAGGCAUGGCAGGCAGGUCCUGCCCUGGCCCAUCAGACCAGAGGUCAUUGUGAGCUGUGAGUGCCUGACCCCCAUCGCCACGGUCUCAGGCUUCUACUGGACCUGGUUCUUAGUCCUGCAGCCUGCAGGGCACUGCACCCUGUUUAACAUUUCACCCUGCUCAGCACAGCUGCCCUCUCACCCAUCGAUCUUUUUACCUCCCACCCAGAGCAUCUCACCAACCUGGCCAGAGAGAAGGGGCCUUCUCUGUCAUGUCCACAAGUUCAGUAGCUAUUAAACCUCAGUUUCCCAUCUACAUUUUCAAA